AAUAACACACAGCUUUAACUGCCUCCCACUGUUUUGUCCACAGUGAAUAAAUAGCAGCAUGAACAAAGACUGCUGUCGCUGAACAAGUUUGACAAGCAACAACUGAAAUCUUAGUCUGGAGCUGAGCAGCAGUGAAGUGCGUCUCGUGUACCGGCAGACAUGAAUGAGUCAUUUUCUAAAGCAGCAAAGGAAGCGGUGAGGUUGAAGCAGAUGCCAGACAGAGGCGAAAUGUCUGAGCUGUACGGCUUGUAUAAGCAAGCCACAUGUGGCAAUAAUACAACAGAAUACCCAGGAUUCUUUGACUUCAAAGGCAAAGCGAAAUGGGAUGCGUGGAAUUCACGAAAAGGUCUGUCCAGAGAAGAGGCAAUGAACAAAUACGUUGACUUGGUGGAGAGCCUGAAAAACAAAUACGGCUUAGAUUCUGAUUAGGAAUGAUUUAGUGUUUUAACUUUCGGCUGUCAGGAGAAACUGAGAUAGAAUUUGUAAG